AUUUAGAAUGAACAUUGUGUUUAUGACUUUAUCUGCAAUACUUCUAAAUAUUGCAGAUUCAACCUUUUACUGCAAUACCUCUCCUGAUCCCUGUUCAUCUUCAACAUCAUUAUUUGAGCCCUUCGCCAGAACAAGGAAUUGUCCAUAUGAAACUAAAUACUCUCCCUGUGACAGAUACAUUACACCAGGAUGGUACAAAUCAGAUGAUCCAAUACUGGAUCAAUGCCCUACACUGAACACCUGCGGGGCAAUUUAUCCUGUCUGGAUGAAUGAUUCUUUACCUAAUAUUGGGGAUCUUGUAAUUACAAAGAAACUAUGCAAAACAGGAUUUUCUGACUGCUGCAGCAAAGAAUAUGAUAUCCAAAUAAAAAACUGUGGAUCGUUUUACGUUUAUUGUAUUCCUGCUUUAGACGCCUGUCCAGAAAGAAUUUGUUUUGGAACAAAUGGAUCAUGCGAAUACCCAGUUACCGCUACGCCUCAGAGUGAUGAAAAACAGUCAAAGGAAUACAAACAACUAGAAGCAAAAUAUAUCGGUGCAAUAUCAGCAGUGAUUGUCCUUGUUUGUCUUUUGUCCCUAGUUUCCGUAUCCAUCUUUUACUACAUAAUGAAAAAAAGGAAGAGAGAAUGUGAAGUCAAAGAAAGUGUUCAUGAGCCAUGCAAAAAACAUGAUGACAACAUUGCGGGAUUUACUACUGAUGCACCAAACAGGAAUUGUAAAAAUGUCCCAGACGUCAAUUUUCAAAUAAUUCAUGUUUCAAGUCAAUAAAUAAGGAACCCGAUAUAAACUUAAGUCGUUAGUCAAUAAAUUCCAACUAUCGAUUCAUUCUGUGCAUUGUGUAUUUUUGAAAUACAUGUAGUAGAAAAUAAGAUAAAUGAUAAUAUUUCCUGUUUCUCUCUGUUGUAUGAAGCUUCUAUAUUAUCAGUGGAAGUUUCUAUUCCACUGAUAAUAUUUGC